CGAAAACAGAAAACCGAGAACCGAGUCCGAACCGAGAAAUGAGCAGAUGAAGAAGAGAUACCGAGAAUAGAGUUUGUGCAUGUGUGCGUGUGUGCGUGAAAAUGUGCUUGCGUGCGCUCUCGCCUGUCUCAAAAUUUUACGCAUUAAAACAAUAAAAUUCGUCGUGCAAGGACAGUCUAAUAGCUGUCCUCGACGUAUUCAGCAUAAAAACUAGUAAAAGUAACUAUGACUUUACAGAUUGAAUAGAAAGAGACAGACGGAAAAACACUACACCAACACAACGGCAGAACCAAGGAAGAUUCACUCUACACACAUUGGAAGCAGAGGAAAAAGACAACACUUUGUGCUUUCAUGGCAGUAGAGGAAAAGGACAACGAACGGUGUUCCGACCACGCAACUGCAGCUGCUUUAACAGCUAAACAACAAACUUGGUGUUCAGAGCAAAUCCGGCUGGAACGCUUAGUUGAGGAAGACGGGGACGUUCAAGAGAGUGUGGUGAACGAGUGUCGCAUCAUUGCCGGUCUUGACAUUUCGUUCAAAAAAUCCUCAGAGGAGGCUGCUGCAGCCAUUGUUUUAUGGGAUUCACAUACCCAAAAAGUUGUAUGGAGAUCAGCCAUCUGGAUAGAUCGAAUGGAGGAACCUUACAUCCCUGGAUUUCUGUCUUUCCGUGAAGCGAAGUGGUAUAGAACGCUGCUCAACAGCAUCCCUCAAGACGUUCCGCAACCAGAGGUGAUCAUCGUGGACGGCAAUGGUCGAUUACACCCAGUGCUGUUUGGCCUCGCUUGUCACAUUGGUGUUAUGACAAAUAAGCCAACUAUAGGAGUUGCAAAAAACUAUUUUUGUGCUCCGAGUUUGAAUGAAGAUUUGAAAGCUCACCGAGUCCACAUCCAGCAGCAUUUGUCCACGAUGGGGCCACAACACCCCAUGCCAUUGAGGGCAUUGCCAGAAAUCGGGUACGGGGACAAGCCGAUUGGGAUGGCUGUGUGGACAAGCCCACAUGCAACGCGGCCCGUAUACGUCAGUAUAGGGCAUAAAAUUUCACUUCCAGCGGCUGUUGCUGUCGUUACAUUGUGUAGCGGAAUCCAUUCGCGCGUUCCUGAACCAGUGCGUUUAGCAGAUAUAUAUGCGAAGGAGGUUAUCGCCAAAAGAAACUUAUAAGUAAUUCGUGGUACACAUAUCAAGAGAAGAGUUGAGUCAAACAAGUGGACAGCACCCGAGUGCAUUGCGCAUCGAAAAUAAUAAAUGAAGAGAAAGAAGAAAUAUAUUAUAGAAAUGGUAAGGGUGUCAUUCGCUUUCAGUAUUUGUCAAGAAUAUACUCAUGUCGAAGCGUUUAACGGAAGCAACCCAUCUUAUUAAAGAGACACAGCAAUAGAAACCAUUGUUGGAAUUGAAGUUGAGUAGAAGAAGUAAAGGAAAAACAAGUCGAAAUAAAAAAAAGAAGAAGAAAUAAGAACUAUUACCAGAUUUGAGAAACCAAGGGAAUGCAACAGAAGUUGUAAGAGGAAAGUCGGAGAGCAUAACUAUGCGUCUGUCAUUUGUUGAAUAAUGACAAAUGGAUCAUGAAAAUAAGGCAAGGUGAGGCACAGGAAAAAGCAUCACCAAUGAAGAGAACUUUAUGGGCAUGGACAGUUGCACAUGGCGUUUGGUGCACUAGGUUCGCGCGGGCUUUCGUUCGUCGGGCUCUCGACGACUUCAUCAUAACAAGGUGGGCUUGGACCCACACUGUCGAACAGCGGUGGACACUCUUCGUCCCAGCUGACACCGAGCCCUGGUUGUGUUGUGACCACGAGCUUCACCUUCAUGCGAAGCAAGCGUGCGUUGGAGUCCACGGGUUGCGAACCAACGACCUCUAUCAUUACCAAUUCCAGCACAAGACAGUGGGAGAUGUCGAGCUCGGUGUUUCCGCAGUUUAACCGCAAGUCGCACACGUAGCGUGCGUCGAGUGCGAACGAAAGGGGCAACUCGAACAGUAAACGGUCGUUAUCGAUUUUCCAGCCGCGUUUGUAGUCGUUGGUGCCGAGAAUGCGCGUGUCCUGGUACGUGUGGACUUUGUCGGCAUCGUCGUGGCCGUGACACGAGCGGAUUGUAGUCUUGAUUCGUUCUUCUAUGCGCCAGGAUAUGCGGGAAACAGCCCAUGAGGUGGAACUGUUUGGCUCCUUGAAGCCGGUGAGCUGGAAUGUGACGGGAAUAUAGCUGGAAGGAUGCACGACAUUGGGCGUUUGCAGUGUCACGUUCAGUGACGUUGGCGGAAACAAGCGCUGGAAGGACUUGGGCGUCGAGGGAAGGAUUGACCGGCGAAUUUCGAUGGGGUGUCGCUUCUCCAGCUUCGAUGUAGGCGAGAAAAUGAAGGUGGCCUUGAAAUAGUACUCGACCUUCACCGUACAGCAUUCGAACGAGUGUGGCAUGUGGCCGGGAAUAAGAGCACUGAAAGGCCAUGUCGUCUUGCCCUUGGUGAGGGAGGUGCGGGCACUUACGAACUGCCAUACUUGGAGCCGCUCGACGUUUUUACAGCAGUGAGGACAGCUGAGGUGCGGCGACCGUUUGUUCGUCUGCUUCUUGAUGAGUUCGAGAUUGACGACUUCGACGUCCAGCAACGGAACCUUUACGUCGGCCACCAGCAAACCACUGGCUAUCGAGCCUGUGGACGUUGCUGGCGGGCCGUACAUCACGCACGGUGGUGAUUCCAUCUGCACAUAAGCGUCCAUACCAACGGCAGAACUUUGACCCGCAGAAAGUGCUUCCGAAGAGCGUCCGUGACGACGAAGAAGCAUUGACAUGGUUGCUGACGACUGUUUGCAAGCAACGGUUAAUUAAAAGUCGCUGAAAUGAGUCGCGACCACAGGCAAGCCCGAGGGAGGGAAAGGCGGCAGUGCUCGGUAGUAAACCAGCUGCAGCAGGAAUAGCAGUACCGUGACCAAAGGACAAAGGGUGCACCGAAACCGCGAGGAAAGCGUCCGAACAGCGUCACCGUAAGGGAUCUCUGUGCACACACGACGCUCGUACACCAACCGCUGCUCAAUUGAAGGGUCGUCCGUGAAAGCCGAGACCGUUCAAGCGUGUGGGAGAGGGCAGAGAACGUCUCCCGAGAGAUUACGAAUUUUGUAGAAGUAACGUGUUACUUGGGC